UUUUGAGCAUAAACUAACAUACAUAAAAAUUGAUCAGUUCUGAGUAAUGAUACUUAUGCCCAUAUAAAUAAAAUAUUUUGAAAGAUAUUUCGGAGAAAUGAUGAAUGAUGACAUCAUGCUCAUUAAAAGAAAAUGUUUAUUGAACAAAGCGGGUUGGUUAUAAAAGACGUGCGUCUGAAAUAUGUUGCCAGAUGACAAGCGAAGACGAGAACCAAAACCCCACCAGAGACUGAGACGGGGAAUUCUAUUGAACGAUAAUAUUCUAUCAAAAUGUUUCCAGAAAAGAUUCUGAGCGAAAAGAAAGAGGCUCCGGGUGUCAUAGUGACGCAGAUGUCCCCCGAGGCGACAGUGUCGACAUCUAAGAGUGGACUGACAAAGAAACAUGUACUGAUUGCCAUAACAACUGUGCUGGUUACACUUCUGAUCGUUGGUGGAAUUGUAGCUGUUACUCAUGAGAUGAAAGAACGCGACGUAGAAUUCAUUAAGAGCUUCAAAUUCAGAGAUACAAAUGGGAAAGACAACGAGGAAACGGUGAAUGUUAACAUAAAGGAAAGCACCACAGAAAUGAAAGUAACUACUGAAGGAGAAGAUGACUUCUCGCUACUCAAUGAUUUUAAGAAAGGCAUUACCGUCUUCAAGAUGACGAUAGAUGGCGAGCCUAGAUGUGCAGUGACACCUAUGAACAAGACGGCGACUCUUUCCCCUGAAACAUUAGAGGCCUACUUGGAAACUCAUCCACACCCUGAAAUGGUUGAUGAGAGAAGCGUUAGUCAUGUAAAAUACGAGAUGGCCGAGGAGAAGAUCGAGGACACUGAUUUCCUUGGAUUCCGUAUCAACGCAAUGUGUGAGGGACAUGACAUCUAUUGGUUGUACCCAAAAACGGAGGACGAAGAAAUGAAAAAUGUCACAUCACAAGUUGGACGGGAGAAACGAGCUGCAGGCUGGCCUGCUCGCCUCUGUGGACAAGCCAUGGUUCAUUAUUUCGGUAUUUCUCGAAGCCAGUACCUGUGCAGAAAAUAUGCUGCGCUCCGAAACACGUGCCGUGUUGAUUGUUGCAGCCGGAUCUACUCGAGAGGAAUGUGGCAGGCUGGAAGGUGGGUUCUGAACUGGUUUGGAGUUCGACCUUGUGUCACUUUCAGUCGUUACAGAUGUACCAAUUGCCUCAUAUAAGUGCAGUGACAUGGACUCGUGGAACAAUAGGGGACUAUGGCUUUUAGUUUUAAUUACAUCUUUGACUUCUAAGGUGUUUAUAACAGUUGGAACUAAUGUACAUAUACUAACCUUGUCACACCACUAUUAAUGACAUGGACACGAUUGACGCUCUCCAAACACUGAUUGGUACAUUUAAUGUUCGACUUGUAUAUUCAUGAAGUAUUAUGUUAAAACGUGUUUAAAACAA